UAUUGUUAGCAGUUACGUUCGGUUGUGUUAUACAAAAUGAGGGCUUGGAAAAUUUGUAUUGUUAUAAUUGUUUCAUGCACCUAUGUGCAAAGUGCAUCUAUUCUUGCACUAUUUUCGUCCCUAUCGUUUUCUGACCAUCUCGUGUUCCGUGGAUAUGUAUCAUUGCUCGCUCAACGUGGUCACUCAGUGGUCGUAAUGACUCCAUACCCUGGUCUAUUCCCUCCACAAGAAAUGGAAAGGAUCGUCGAGUUGAACGUUGGGGCUGAAUCAGGACCAUUUUGGGAUGAGUAUAAGAAACUAAUGACUGAUACGGAUGAUUACUAUAACCGCUUGAAAGAUAUCAAUGAAUUCACAUUAAAAUUAGCCAUCGCACAGCUUAAGUCGAAGACUAUGUCUUCGUUAUUCAUAAACCCUAACGUUAAGUUCGAAUUGGUGAUAACAGAGGCCGAUGUACCACUUUUGUAUGCGAUAGCAGAAAAAUAUGACGCACCACACGUUUCCAUUACUACAUCGAUUGGAAAAGUUCACCAAUACGAAAGUAAGGGUACACCAAUUCAUCCCUUGCUGUAUCCCGAUGCAAAUGUACUCAACUAUAGAAACCUAACGGGGUGGCAGAAGAUUGUGGAGUUCUAUCGUCAUUACCAAACUAAGAAUGAAUAUUACUACAAUCAUCUUCCCCUUAGUGAAAUUGCUGCGAGGAAAAUGUUUGGUUUAAAACGUCCUCUUAUUGAAGUAGAAUAUGACAUUGAUAUCCUGUUGAUUGCUGCUAAUCCAACAUUGAUUGGUAACAGACCAACGGUACCCGCAAUUUCGUUUGUCGAUCGAUUGCAUAUUAAACCAGGUUUUCCUUUGCAGCAGGGUUUAAAGGAGAUUCUUGAUUCGGCUACUAAAGGUGUUGUUUACUUCAGUAUUGGUGCUCUUCAAGAGCCAGAGCAUCUUUCCACAAAUAUAUUACAAACCUUGACGGAUGCUUUUAGAGAACUACCAUUUGUAGUAUUAUGGAAGAUUGGAAACACGACUAUGAUCAAUAGACCAGACAACGUUAUUACUAACCUCUGGUUUCCACAGCAAGAAAUUUUAGCUCAUCCAAAUGUUAAAGCCUUUAUAACACACGGUGGAGCUCGAUCGUUGGAAGAAGCUCUAUUUUACGAAAUUCCCAUUAUCGGUCUGCCUAUAGUACGGUCUCAUAAAGUGUUAAUUGCCGAGAUCACUCGACAUGGAGCAGGCGAAAUAUUAGACAUCCAAUCCUUGGAAAAAGAAACUACGAAGAAAAUUAUAAGCGACGUCGCUAGCAACGAAAAGUACGAUAUUUAG